CCCAAAGUUCGAUUUUGACGAAAGGAGCCGUGUGGUAUUCAAGAUGACGCCGAUACAAAUCGUUUUCUUGUUAGCGAGCCUUUGCGUUCUGGCUUCGGCUACCAAUAACCGAUGCACCUACAAAGGAAACAACUAUCAGCACGGUCAAACUUUCAUAGACGUUUAUAGCGAGUGCAAAUGUAACGAUGGAAAAGUCACAUGUUCUCAGCGCGUAUAUCCCAAGAAAUCAUGCACCUACAAAGAAAAAACAUAUCAAGACGGUCAAACUUUCAUAGACGUUUAUAACGAGUGCAAAUGCGACGAUGGAAAAGUCACAUGUUCUCAACGCGCAUAUACCAAGACCCCUUGCACAUACAAAGGAAAAACCUACCAGGACGAUCAAACUUUCAAAGACGAUUGUAACGACUGCAAAUGUGACGAAGGAAAGGUCACAUGUUCUCAACGCGUUUGUCCCAAGGACCCAUGCACCUACAAGGGAAAAACCUACAAGGACGGUCAAACUUUCAAAGACGAUUGUAAUGAUUGCAAAUGUAACGAUGGAAAGGCCACGUGUUCUAACCGCUCAUGUUCAAGUUAUUAGUGGCAGAGUCGAACACGAAACCCAAUCGCAACUUAUGCCCUUUGAAAUUUGAAUAAUAAACAUAAGCACACUGAUAUGA